UAACUAGCCAGCCUCUGUAACCAUGUGGUGUCCACAGACUACAGUACAGGAAGUUCCUCCCUACGACCUCGGAAGUAUUUCCGCGUGCUCCUUGCUCCUUAGUGAAGGUCCGGGUAUUUCUUUCAAACUCUGAGAUGAGCGGCAAAUCUGAUGGAAACAACGAAUUCCACGAGCAGCUGCGAUUGCAGCAGCUGUACGGGGGGAGCCGGGAGGAGGGGGGCGGAGAGGACCCCAACACCUACGUGGAUCCUGAAGACGGGACGGUGUAUGACUGGGACCACGAAAAGAGGGCAUGGUUCCCGAAGUUAACAGAAGACUUUCUGGCAGCUUAUCACGCCAACUAUGGCUUCAAUACGGAGGAGUCUGAGAGCACGCCUGCCUCGGCUGAUCAGCCGGGCCCUGCUACCCAGGGUGGGGAUGCCAAGAAACCACCAGCAGAUGGCGCUGAGGCUUCACAGGCUAAAGAGGGCAAACAGAAAGGAGAGAAGCGGAAAUGCGAUCCGGGUUGGUUUGAUGUGGACGAAGGGAAAAACACGAAUGUCUACGUGUCGGGCUUACCGCUGGAUAUCACCCCUGAUGAGUUUGUGGAGGUCAUGUCCAAGUGUGGGAUUAUCAUGCGAGACCCCAUCACAGAGGAGUAUAAAGUGAAGCUCUACAGGGAUAACCAAGGGAACCAGAAGGGAGACGGGCUGUGUUGUUAUCUCAAGAAGGAGUCGGUGGAGCUGGCGGAGAAGCUGAUCGAUGAGUCUGAGAUCCGGGGGUACAGGCUGCACGUGGAGGCAGCGCAUUUCGAGCUCAAGGGCCAGUACGACUCCAGCAAGAAGAAGAAGAAGAACAAAGACUACCGCAAGAGGCUCCUGAGGCAACAGAAGCAGCUGGACUGGAAGCCAGAGAAGAAGCCAGGCGAGGCUCGACUGAGGCACGAGCGGGUUCUUAUCAUCAGGAACAUGUUCCAUCCCAAGGACUUUGAGGAGGAUCCGCUGGUGCUGAAUGAGAUCGGAGAGGACCUGAGGACAGAGUGCGAGAAGUUUGGCCAAGUCAAGAAAGUCCUCAUUUUCGAUAGGCACCCGGACGGAGUGGCUUCAGUAGCUUUCAAAGAGCCUGAGGAGGCGGAUGUCUGCCAGCUGGCUCUAAAUGGUCGCUGGUUCGGGGGACGAAAGCUGUCUGCAGAAUUGUGGGACGGGAAGACGGAUUACCAGAUUGAGGAGACGUCGAGGGAGCGGGACGAGAGACUGAAAGGAUGGUCCUCGUUCCUGGGGGACAACUCGGCUGUGUCUGUGGAGAAAGAGGCCCCCAAAGGGGAGGGGCCCCCCAAGGAAGAUGGGCCCCAGCCCCCAACGGAGAACACGGAAGAGCCCCCAGCAAGGAGCCCUGAGCCUGGGGGGCCUGUGGAGGAAGAGGAGGCGGCCCAGGGGAACGGGAGCAGCGUUUCGGAGGAUCCCGGAGUCGAGUCGACAGACAGCAGCCUGGCAGACAGCGAGGAUGAGAAGGAGGAUGUGGAUGAAGCUUAAACAGACGAGAGGAUGUAUAAGCCACUGGAACAGCUGGGUGGGGUAAUGCAACCAUCAGCGAUUCCUGAUCCGAGACCCUGUUUGUACAAGGAAGGGACUGAAAACAAAGUGCUGUACCAGUAGCCCCUGAUGUAAAAGGGAAAAAAAUGCUGUUGUUUUGCAGUUCCUGGUCUUUCUUCUUCUCGUUGCUUUUCAUUUUAAUCCAAGAUUUUCUGCAUUUUUUUUUUUUUUUUUACCAUUACAUAAUAAACAGAUGUUGAUUGUCAGUUGUGAUACGCUUUUCUGUGCGCAGCAGGGGUGAAAGUACGAGGACGGCUCCCUGAGGCCAGCGGGAUCUCAGGACCUCGAGAAAACAGAAACAAUUAUCUUCAGUUUUCCUGAGAUAGAUAAAUGGGUGUCUGGAACACGGAAGUAAUGACUUCCAUUUACUGGAGAUCCUGAGAUCAAUUAUCUUGUGAUUGUGACAUCAUUUUUUUUUAUUCCCAAUGGCCUCAACAAGCUGCCUUAUAGAAUGCGUGUGUGUCGGGGGGGGGGGGGGGGGGGGGGGGGGGGGGGGGGGGGGAGGGGGGU